GCAGUCGUCUUUUUUCAUUGGUGGUCGAAGUUUGUUCUCUGUUUAAUUUGAGAAAAUUUUGACGUUUGUUGAGUGCGAUUUCACUUGUGUGUGUAGUGAUUUUGUUUAUUAAGUAACAAUCAUAACAAUUGUUGUUAUUUUGUUAUUAGAAACGUACGGAAGAGAAAAGAUGAGCGACAAAAAAGCCCCUGGUUUUAAUGCCGUAACUAAUGAGGAGGACCGCCAACAACCAAGGAUUCGAACUUCGGAAAAAACACUAUCGGGGGUGCUGUUCCCCCUCAACAGGCUCAGCCCACUUUUAAUCCACAACCCCCACCCCAGGCUAAUCAAGUACCCACUCCACAACCUUAUGGAGUGAUGCCAGGAAUGCCGGGUGGUAACCCCUACAUGACUCUGCCGGGCCAGACUCAGAUUUACCCUCAAGGUCCUCCACCUACGUAUGAUCAAGCGUUGACUCAUCCCGCCACCAUUGUGGGACAACACAUGUAUCCACCUGGUACUAUGUACGCCGCUGGUUAUCCGACCUACUUGGGAUAUCCGACCUACGCUCCGAUGCAAUAUUAUCCAUCUUUGGGUGCUUACUCUUAUGCCAUGCAACCUGCUCAAAUGCGACCCACCAUUAUGAUUCCAAAUGGUUACGACGCAGGCGCGAGAUUCGACGGCCUCACGCAACAGGUGUUGCCGCCAGCGCCCCCUGGCGUGCCCCCAUCCGCGGCCCAGCUGGCCGCGAUGGCCGGACAUCCGGUCGCGCUCGGCCAAAAGAAGAACACAUUCAUCGCGGGAGGUUCAGACGGCGGCUACGCGUUCUGGUAGAGGCCGCAGCCCGCUGCGAUCACUAGGCUAACGAAAUUCCCCUUCAUUUUUUUCAGAACUCCCCUCCCACGGCCCGGUCACUCGAGGAUGCCUUCAACUUGGCCAAGCAAC